CGAUGCGGUGCGAUACCAAAUCCGAUGAUACAGACGGUGCUUACGGUGUGACGUGAAUUUUAGUGACAUCAACUGUGUGGGGUCGAACUAGUUUCGCUUUUAUUUCGAUUCUUAAGUUGGUUUUACUAGAAGCAACCCUAUUAUCCAUAAAAGGAAUCUUCUGAUCUGAUCGAAAAGCGCCAGGUCAGUUUAAAGGAAAGCUCCCACUCGCGUUAACCUCAAAAAUCGACGCGAAUUAUUUUCAGAACCGUUCUUGGCAUGGUAGCCCGUUUGAGGCGGGCCUUUUGGACGAUACUAAUAUCUCUAACAACGAUCGCCUUCGUCUACCUGACCAUUGUUAACACCGCGAUCGAACAAGAAAUUAACAAACCCAAAAACUUGCACAGGAACGUCAAACAUAUCGUGGCUUACUCGUUGCUGAAGAAAAUCGAAAUUGAAAGUGAACAUUACACUUGCGAGGAGAGGCUGGACGACGACGAAGUUAAUUACAGUGCGAUUAAUGGAAGUGACGAAGAUUAUGCCUGGACGAAUAUUGAUGGCAGUGCCGUGCAUGUUCUGUCCGUGCAUUUGGACAGACGGUUGGAGCCUUACCACUAUGUUAGGAUAAUUGGGAUGAUCAAAGGCAUUUAUCAAGAAACUGUCUACUGCCAAAUUUCAUCCCCUACCGAGACAGUCGUGACCAAAGUUACCACCACCCCCAUUUGGUUAGACGCAUGGGACCAAAACGAUACCAACGUUUACUUCAACCCAGUACUGCUCUCUUGUAGGAUACCUUUGGGCUUGGCACCAGAGAACGUGUCUAUCACCACGAAACCCUGUGACGGAAAGCAAGGAAAACAUUUUUCGUUAACAAACGAUACAGGAAAUAGCCAGUAUACAUUUACGGUAUGUGUGAAGCCGUUGGAUUUUUUGGAGGACAUUUCAGAACGUCUGAUACAAUGGAUUGAGAUGAUCAGGAUACUAGGUGCUGAAAAAAUUGAAAUAUAUGUCAAGAAGGUGAAGAGGAACGUGUGGAAAAUUUUGAAAUGGUAUGACUCGAAUUACCCAGAUCAAAUUACGAUACGAAAGUUUCACGUUGUAAAAGACGCUGAUACCAACAAAAAUUACAAUUUCUCCUGGAUUUUGUGGCAGAAACGACGAUACGAAGUGGCGACUUACAACAGUUGCUUUUACAGGAAUAUAGGAUUAACACGAUUUAUAAUACCCUUGGAUAUAGACGAAAUAAUUCUUCCCAGGCAUCUAUUUACAUGGAAAAACGUCCUGCAGGAUAUAUAUACCACAAUUCCAGGACUCAAAGAAAACUUUGCGUCGUUUAUGGUUCCCAACACAUACUUCUUUGGAGAGUUACCGAAAAACGAAACAGAUAAAAUAUUUUUUCUAAGGAAUAUUCUUAGGAGCAGAUUUAGCCCUCCUGGUGAAUCCGGGAAGAGCUUUAUAAGUACAAAGAACACUCUGACGGUUUUCAACCACUACGCCCUAGAUGUUCUAAAACCAGGAAUUAGUAGGACGUUUUUUGUUCCUUCCAACGUGGCACAACUGAAUCACUACAAAGAGACUUGUAAUGCUGUGAUACUUCCCGAAUGUGUUAAGUACGUUUCUAGUCCUAGAAUUAAGGAUAAACUAGUUUUUAGAUAUGAAAAAGUUUUCAUGUAUAAAUACUCUAAAAGAAUUUUACUGUUUAAAAAAUUAGGUUUUUUCAUGUAAAUAU